AUGAAGGGCCAGUUGUCCCGGCGGAAAUCGCAAGCCCCGUUGGAAUGGGUGCUCCCCGUUGAGCUGUGGGAGCUUAUCCUGGACGAGAUGAGCGACGGGCGGCUUGUCGAAGCCGCGAAAGUGUGUCGCGCGCUCAACACGCUUGCGCUGCGGCUCUACUUCCGCCGGAACAAGAUGGAGGCUUGUCAAGGGGCGCUUGAUAUCCGCUCGCACCUCCUGCGCGCGCUGUUUUUGGCGGUCCACCCGUCGGAAGGGGUGCGCAGCCUCACGGUGACGUUUUGGACGUUUGGCAAGGGCCGGAGCGUGCUUAUGCUGCGGGACAUCGUGGAGAGGUGGCCGAGUUUGACGGAGGUUAACCUUAGUUGGCGACACAACAUCCUGACGCGGCAUCCGGACAUGGAAGCCCAUUCGAGUCGAAAGCCGGUGUCUGCAGCGGCGUUUUUGUCCGCGCUGUGGGAGGUCGUCGUGUUGGUUGCGCAGAGAUGUGCUGCUAGUCGUGGCCAUGGGGGCAGCGAAGCGGCUGUCGUGGUCGCAGACGGCGCGCUGCAUCGGUGCGACAGCGGCGCGCUGGCGGCGGCCAAGCUCACGUGGCGCGGCGGGGCAUUCGGAGCGGAGCUGGAGUACGUGUUCCCGCGCCGGCCGGGCCGCGUCAGACGCGUGCUGAACACGGUGUUCCGCGCGCAGGCGCCGCCGGCGUACAGUGCCAGGCUCGAAGCGCACGCCCGCCCGCAGUUCGUCGUCCGCUCGAGGACGGGCGCCGACAUUCGGAUCACGCGGAUUGGAGGAAUACGCGUGGGCCCGCUUGCAGGUGGGGGAGCGCUGAUUCAGGUCGACACCGACUACCUGCGCCUGCGGCCCGACCCGGGCCUGGAUGUGGCGGCGCUGCUGCCGCAUCUCCGCCUGCCCUCGCUCGCGACCGUGGAGAUUGGCGUGCCGGACAUAGCGCCUGCCGCAUUCAGCCAGUUUCUCGACAACCAUGCCCUCCUGUGGACUUUCCAGCUGACCUGCCUGUGGUCCCCCAAGCUACCAUCCCCUCCCUCCCGCGUGAGCGCCGCAGCUACCGGCGGCACGUAUACCGUCACGUGCCGCGACCCCGCGCACAUCGCCGGCCUCCCCGACUUCCUCGCCGCAACCCUGCCGUCCCACCCAGACCUCCGCGUCGUCGUCAGCAUCCCGUGGCGCCGCAGCACGCCCGCAGACCGCAUCGCCGCCGCGCGCGUCUUUGCCCACCUCGGCGCGCGGCACCCCGGCCCGAGCUACCCCGCGCUCCGCCUCCCGCCGGACUUCGCCGCCGCCCCGCCCGCCAACGCCGCCGAGAUCGCCGCGCUCGCGAGCCUCGCGCGCACGCCUUCUGUCACGGCCACGUGCCCCGCGCCAGCCGAUGCGCACGCGCUCCUCCCGCUCCUCGCGCACCUCCCCGCACUCCGCCACCUGUACAUCCGCCUCGACCGCCCCGGGCCCGGGAGCGACGCGACGCACGCGUGGGCGGCGCUGCAGGCGGCCGCGGCGACUGUGCUGCCCGGCGUGCGCCUCGCGGUGCUGGACGAAGAACCACAUGUGUCGUAG